AAGGAACAAGGGAAAGACCAGGUGAAGGGGCAGAACAGGCAGGUGAGAGUCUAAGAGGGCUCAGUAAUCUGAAGCUUGGUUGGAAGAAGGGAUUCUGGGCUAGAAAGGGUGCAGAAGCCUGAAGUAGAAAGAGACGGGAUUUUGGUCCGGGGUGGAGAGCGAAUGCAUUGAAAAGGGCCAAGGCCCAGGAUAAGGUAGACAUUUAAAGGGGUACGGAUGCCCAAGGUAGAGCAGACACUUGAGGAGACCAGCUCAGCAAACGGAAGAUACUUAAAGUGGUUCCCUCGACCCAGGACCCCCUGUUCCCAGGCUAUGGCCCCCAGUGCCCUGUAGACCUGGCAGGCCCUCCGUGCUUGCGACCCCUAUUUGGGGGUCUGGGUGGCUACUGGAGGGCCUUGCAGAGGGGCAGAGAAGGCAGGACUAUGACAUCUAGGGCCUCUGAACUUUCUCCGGGGCGCAGCGUGACGGCUGGCAUCAUCAUUGUUGGAGAUGAGAUCCUUAAGGGACACACUCAGGACACCAACACCUUCUUUCUGUGCCGGACACUGCGCUCCCUAGGGGUCCAGGUUUGCCGAGUCUCAGUUGUACCUGAUGAGGUAGCCACCAUUGCAGCUGAGGUCACUUCUUUCUCCAACCGCUUCACCCAUGUCCUCACAGCAGGGGGCAUCGGCCCCACUCAUGAUGAUGUGACCUUUGAGGCAGUGGCACAGGCCUUUGGAGAUGAGCUGAAGCCACACCCCAAGUUGGAAGCAGCCACCAAAGCCCUAGGAGGGGAAGGCUGGGAGAAGCUAUCAUUGGUGCCCUCCUCUGCCCACCUGCAUUAUGGCACAGAUCCUUGCACUGGUCAACCCUUCAGAUUCCCUCUGGUCUCUGUCCGAAACGUCUACCUCUUCCCAGGCAUUCCAGAGCUGCUGCGGCGGGUGCUGGAGGGGAUGAAGGGACUAUUCCAAAACCCAGCUGUUCAGUUCCACUCAAAGGAGCUAUAUGUGGCUGCUGAUGAAGCCUCCAUCGCCCCCAUUCUGGCUGAGGCCCAGGCCCACUUUGGACGUAGGCUUGGCCUGGGUUCCUACCCUGACUGGGGCAGCAACUACUAUCAGGUGAAGCUGACUCUAGACUCAGAGGAAGAAGGACCCCUGGAGGAAUGCCUGGCCUACCUGACUGCCCGUUUGCCCCAGGGAUCGCUGGUCUCCUACAUGCCCAACGCUGUGGAGCAGGCCAGUGAGGCUGUAUACAAACUCGCUGAAUCAGGGUCUUCUUUGGGGAAAAAGGUGGCAGGUGCCCUACAGACCAUUGAGACCGCCCUGGCUCAGUACAGCCUCACCCAGCUCUGUGUGGGCUUCAACGGGGGCAAAGACUGCACUGCCCUCCUGCACCUCUUCCAUGCAGCUGUGCAGAGGAAAUUACCUGAUGUUCCAAACCCCCUCCAGAUCCUGUAUAUCCGCAGCAUCUCCCCUUUCCCUGAGCUGGAACAAUUUCUACAGGACACUAUCAAGAGGUAUAAUCUGCAGAUGUUGGAAGCUGAGGGCAGCAUGAAGCAGGCCCUGGGUGAACUGCAGGCACGGCACCCCCAGCUGGAGGCUGUCCUUAUGGGCACCCGCCGGACUGACCCCUACUCCUGUAGCCUCUGCCCUUUCAGCCCCACUGACCCAGGCUGGCCUGCAUUCAUGCGCAUCAACCCACUGCUGGACUGGACCUACAGAGACAUCUGGGAUUUUCUGCGUCAGCUGUUUGUCCCAUACUGUAUCCUGUAUGACCGAGGAUACACAUCACUGGGGAGUCGGGAGAAUACUGUGCGGAACCCGGCCCUGAAGUGCCUGAGCCCAGGAGGACACCCCACAUACCGUCCAGCCUAUCUACUGGAGAACGAAGAAGAGGAGCGGAACUCCCGCACAUGACCUCCCACCCUAGGAGGGAGGGAAGGACACUGUCCUAGGGUAUAACCUGGCAAUAAACCGUGCCUCUCACUGUG